AUGAGUCUCAAAUCUCAAACCUCUCAGCCGACCCAGUCAAAGAAUGAGGCCAACAAGAGAAUCAGCAUUCGUUGGUGCGAUUCUCGACCUUGCAACCUUCGCGUUAAGCGCGAGAAAAGAGCCUUGUCGCAGAUGACUCAAAUUUCCGCAUCGCAUCGUGACUUCUUCAGCGCUCGUCAGCGCGAGACGCGCUUCUGCGGUUCGGCAGCCCUCGGUAGUCACUGGCCGAGGACAACAGGCUCCGCUGGCCCUCGGCUCGCCUCUCGGUCUGCGAAAACGCAAUGGUGUAUGAAAUUCCGCAUCCCUUGGCUGUUGCGUAGUGAAGCCGCGCUCACCGAGUCACCAGCUAUCGCCGCCGAGCUUCGGACCUUCGUCGGAAUCAUAACAUUUGACUCUUUCCUUCUCAGGAGCAAGAUUCAGAAAGACUCUAGUCCCGCCUAUGUUGUACCGUUGUUCCAUGAGCCGCUAUGUAGCGCUGCGACAGGAGAGGCGUCGCUCCUCCAGGAUCCAGCAUCGGAGAAGGGUGUCCUCGUUGCGGUAAUUGCAAGACCAAGGACCCCUCAUUUAGCCAGAAAAGAGCCUCCCCCAUAA